AUGGGCUACUUCGCUAUCAACGCCAUACAGGCCAUCUCAUCCCGCGUCGUGAACGCUGUAACGCCCAAUCCGACAGUUUUCCUGAUCUACGCCAUUCUCACGACGACAUUGGCCCUAUUUCUCUGGACGAAAACAAGGAGACGGACAAACGGCCUACCUUUGCCGCCUCAACCGCCCUCGAAGCCUAUUCUGGGCCACUUGACGGAUUUAAUCAGGGAGAAUCAAGCGCGGCGAUGGCAUUUGAAGUUGGAAGGUUGGGCAAGAGAGUAUGGUGCUAUAUUCGGAGUAAGGACUGGAUACAUUGUUGAUUACUACGUCAACUCUGAUGUUUUGGUCAAGGAGCUUUUUGAUAAAAAGUCUGCGGUGACGGCGGAUCGACCCGUGUGGAUCAUGUCGAAUGAAAUUUUGAACAAUGGGUUUAACACUUUGUUCUUGGACGCGAGUGAUCCAACAUGGAAGAAUCAGAGGAAGGUCAUUCAGCAGCUUCUCACAAGUCCACAGCAAGCGGGGAAGAUUGUGCCGUUUCUAGAAUACGAGACAAUGCGGUUCCUUCGCGAUAAUGUCCUUGACCCAUCAGGCGGACUUUCGGGGCUUCAGCUCUUGAGAGGUAUUGAGCGGUAUACGUAUAGCGCAUUCGCGAUGGUUAUUAUGGGCAUGGAUGUGCCUGACGCAGAUGACUCGGUCAUCGACUUUCUUCAAGAAUCGGAAUACCAGAUCAUCAAUACCUUCCCUGGCACCAACAUUAUCGAUCUCGCCCCUUCUUUGGGGAAGUUGCCCCUCUUCCUCAAGCCCUGGGAGAGACAUGGACGCGCAAGAUACAGACGCGACCUCUCAUGGGGGAUGAAACGAGUCAAGAUUGUCGAGGAGGCAAUAGCAAGAGGAGAUUCCUCCUUCGAAGGGACUUUCUUGGGUUCUGCUUUGGCCGAUGAGAAUCUCAAGGGUAUGUCUUGUAAGGAGGAGCUUGCGAUUUUGAGCUCUGCUUUGAUUGUUGCUUCUGCGGAUACUAGCCGAAUGACGACAUGGUCGUUCGUCGAGGCCAUGUUCCAGUUUCCCGAAGCUCAAGCCCGAGCACAAGCUGAAAUUGAUAAGGCCGUUGGUGAUAGACCACCAACAUACGAAGACUACGCGCGAAUUCCAUACAUCCGCAUGCUCCUCAAGGAAGUAUGGCGGUGGAGGCCGCCGGUGGCGCUGGGACAUCCUCACAUCACCUCGCGCGAGGUGGAGGUUGGGGGGUACAGGCUUCCCAAGGGGGCACGAAUUAACCUUAACGCAUAUGCGAUUAGUCGAGAUCCCGCGAGACACGAAGAUCCUGAUCGGUUUUGGCCAGAGAGGUUUGAGAAUGACGGGACCACUACGAUGGAAAGCAUCAACGCGCAGGACCCGACAAAGAGAGACCACUUUGCCUUCGGCGCCGGUCGUCGCGUUUGUCCCGGAUACACCGUCGCAGAACGUUCCGCCGUCGUAACAAUGAUGCGUAUCCUCUGGGCAUUCAAAAUCUUGCCUGCCGAGGGAGCAAAGACGCCGUUAGAAUUUGCUGAUUACGCUGAUUCAUUGCCUGGGAACCCGGGAAAGAAUAUGCCUGUGAGAUUCCAAUGCCGGAGUGAGGAGAGGAAGCGUGUGAUUCUCAAGGCUUUCGAGGAGAUGGAGAGUGGAAGGGGCAAGAAGGAGGCAUUAAACUUGGGCGAUUCAUCGGUUCCUGAUAUUUCUGCUUUUCUUUGA